AUGAAAUCAAAUGCGAUGGGCAACACUACCACAUUGUAAUACAAACUUUCCUUCGGAUAGCUACCAUUAGCUAGCUCCAUUUUUUAUCUAGUGUAAUUUAAAAAUAGUUGGACACAUUUUCGUCGCGGAUAUUGUGACACAGCACUCGACGGAUCAGCUGUCCUGGGAGACGCACACCACGCUGGGGACGGAGAGGACACCCGCGCAGUAGGUGAAGAGCAGGCGCAGGUGUGGUCUGCAGGGCGUCUGUGGGGAGCACAUGAGGAGAGCCAUCCCAGCUCAGACCCCAGCCAAUCACACACCCCCAUCCAGAGAGAGUCUCCACUCCUGCUGCAGUCAUGAGGUCCAUCCGAUCGUUCGGAAACGAUGACCGUCACGUCAUGGCCAAACACUCCACCAUCUACCCGUCCUCUGAGGACCUGGAGGCGGUACAGACGCUGGUGUCCACCGUGGAGUGCGCCCUCAAGCACGUCUCCGACUGGAUGGAUGAGCCCAGCCGCCCCGAGACAGAGGAGGAGGAAGCCAAGCCGGAGGAGGAGGCCGAGAGCAGCACCAAGGAGCCGAGCGGGGGCGUGCUGUGUGGCGUGAUGCGCAUCGGCCUGGUGGCCAAGGGCCUGCUCAUCAGAGACGACAUGGACCUGGAGCUGGUGCUCAUGUGCAGGGAGAAGCCCACUGAGACCCUGCUCUGCACCGUCUGUGACAACCUGCCCCUGCAGAUACAGAAGCUGACGGAGGACCAGUACGAGGUGCAGCGCUGCAUCCCGGAGGCGGCCAUUCUGGUGCACAACACCAAAGACCCCAAGCUCAGCCUGAGGGUCACCCUCACCUCCCCGCAGAUGAGAGACGACGACAGCAAGGGAGAUGAAGUAGAGAAUGUUGAGCUGAAAGAUCCGUCCCAUGGGCUGGACCGGACGCGAUGCCUGGUCGCGCUGGCGUCUCUACGACACGCCAAAUGGUUCCAGGCCAGAGUAAACGGGCUCAAGUCCUGUGUGAUCGUGCUGCGGAUUCUCAGAGACAUGUGCAACCGAAUGCCCGUCUGGGAGCCUCUCAAGGGCUGGCCCCUGGAGCUGAUCUGUGAGAAGGCCAUCGCCACGUGUAACCGGCCGCUGGGUGCGGGAGAGGCCCUCAGACGGGUGAUGGAGUGCCUGGCCUCGGGAAUCCUGCUGCCAGGCGGUCCGGGACUACACGACCCCUGUGAAAAGGAGCCCACAGACACGCUGGCAGCCAUGACAACAGAGGAGGCAGAAGCCAUCACUUUCAGCGCACAGCACGCCCUGCGGCUCAUGGCUUUCGGGCAGAUCUACAAGGUCCUGGAGAUGGAUCCGCUUCCCUCCAGCAAACCCUCCCAGAAGUACCUCUGGACAGACAAAGAAGGGACAGGGCUGAAGAGACCUUACGAAGAAGGCAGCAUGGACGACAAAGACCUCAUCAAGAAGAUGAAGCGCAACCUGAGAAAAGUCCUCGACAGUAAAGCGAUAGACAGCAACCAGCCCAUGAACGCGCUGAUGCGGCUGAACCAGAUCCGGCCGGGCCUGCAGUACAAGCUGCUGUCGCAGUCCGGCCCGGUGCACGCGCCCGUCUUCACCAUGUCCGUGGACGUGGACGGCACCGUCUACGAGGCCUCGGGGUCGUCCAAGAAGACCGCCAAGCUGCACGUGGCUGUCAAGGUCCUGCAGGCGAUGGGCUACCCCACCGGGUUCGACACGGACCUGGACUCCAUGAGCGCAGAUGAGAAGUCAGAUGGAGAGGGCAAGAGCGAGACCACACACUCCAGCAAUAACAAUAACACCACCAGCGACAGCUCCAACACACUGGAGGUGCGAACUCAGGGUCCCAUCCUCACCGCCAGCGGGAAGAACCCGGUGAUGGAGCUGAACGAGAAGCGGCGCGGGCUGAAGUACGAGCUCAUCUCCGAGAGCGGGGGCAGCCACGACAAGCGCUUCAUCAUGGAGGUGGAGGUGGACACGCAGAAGUUCCGGGGGGCGGGGCCCAAUAAGAAGGUGGCGAAGGCAAGUGCUGCCCUGGCCGCUCUGGAGAAGCUGUUCUCCGGACCCAACGCCGUCGGCAACAAGAAGAAGAAGAUCCUCCCUCAGACGAAAGGGGCCAUCGCUGCGGCCGCCUCCAUCGCCGCGCAGGCUGCCCGGGGCCGAGGACGGGGGGCCCUGGCCAGGGGGGCCUUUGUGAGCGCCGCUGCAGCUCCCGGAUACGUCACACCAGGGUACGGGACUCCCUACGGGUACAGCGCUGCUGCAGCUCCAGCCUACGGUGGUCUUUUCAUUGACAAUCCCUUUUACCAGCCGCGGACCAUCGCACCUUUUAUUAUUCACUUGGGUCCUCAAGAUCUCUUCUCUGACUUCUAGAACCAUCAGGUUGUGUGGCUCAAAAUGCCGUACUGCUUCCGACCUGCCCGGGCGGUCCCCCCUGCACAGAGCAGUCAGACUCCUCUCACUGGCCACAUAACGUAUACCCCAUCAAAGGAAAGAACAAAAAAAAAAGCAAUACUUUAUUUGACUUCAGCUGGAACAAAAAAAAAAAAAACAAAAAAAAAAAAAAAAGAGGCUGAACUUGGGUCUUUAUUAUAUAGCAAUACACCUGAUCUUUUAGCUUAAAGCUUACUUGAAACAAUAUGAAUGUUUGAGUCUUACCCAACACAGCACUGCAAUAUUUCAUUUCAAUUGUAUAUUCACUCUGUGUGUGUGUAUGUGUGGUUAUACUAUAAAUAUAUACAUAUAUAUUUAUAGUGUGUUACUAUAAAUGCAUAUGUAUAGAACUAUAUUAUGUACGUAUGUAUAUAUAUAUAAUUGGUAUAAAUUAUUUUAGAAUUGCGAAGUGAAAUGUAAGCAUAAUCCUAUAGCUUUCUUCCAAUUUUAUAUACAGUAAGCAAUUUAAAUGAGUAUUCUGUGUACAUGUGAUAUGAACCCUUUUCUGAAUCUACUGGUAGUGAUGGUUUCAGUAGUCUAGUGCCGCUUCCUAUUCUUUGCCUUGAGAAGCGUGUGGAGGCGUCUCCUCGCCCGAGCGUUUCUGCACGCUGUCGCCCGGCGUUUCGGGCGGGACGGGGCGUCCCUCCGCCUCCGAGCCCUUUAACGUCACUUUCUGUUUGACACCACGCACUUCCUGUUCAACUUCCUCUUAGAAAGCACACCACUCGGUGCACCCUUGCACUGCUGGACUUAUUUACACACACACACACAGAAAAACAAACUACUGGCUUGGUUUGAAGAACAGGUUUAUUGGGCAGCUAGUGUACUGAAUCACCUCGGCCCCCGGCCCAACCCAGCCUCUGGGUGUGUGACCAAAAGCACAGUGUCUCUGCUUUGAAGCUGGCACCUUGACCCCCAGCCCCGAGUCCUCCGUCCAUACCCCCUUCAUCUCCUCACGCCUCCAUUUCCCAGCAUGCCUCCAAAAUAUCGAUGACACACGGCUUGCGAACUCUGAACAGAGACAAGCAGUCUUGUUUCACUGGAAGGGCAAAUCACAGGGGAACGCCACCAAAAUUUUUUUGCAUUCGAUACAUUUCCCAUCAGUGCGAGUCUUCGGAAGGAGUGUCCCAUCUUUAGCAAAUAGUAAGUCUGCAUGGGAACAUGACUUGGUACUAAAUUAGCUCCCGAAACAUGGCAAUUUAGUAUCCAAUGUGUUCUGUCCUCAUCCUCCUGCCUUUACCAGUCUAAAAUAGACUGGCCUCAGUCUACCCCAGAUUGCAUGUGUACGGUGCUGCCAAGCUCCUGUUAGUGCUCUGCUCCUUCACAACGCAGGGCGCAUUUUUGGCUUUCCUGAGGUGAUCUAGUCAUUGCAUGUCAGAUCUGUCCAAGAGCGUUUCCAUCCGCACUGGCUCAGCAUCUUAUUCCCUUGGCUUCAGCUUGCAUCAUGGUGUCUCUGAACCGUUGUCUUGGCGUUGAAUGUGGCGAGAGCAAUUUGACUUGUACUGUAUGAGGAUGAACUCGUAUGUAACAGUCUUUAUUUUGAAAGCAUCCGUUCCCUCUGCUCGCCUAGUUGUGGUCAGCUCGUCGUUCUGUUUUCCAUUCUGUUUCCUCUCUUGGUCUGUCCUGCUUUGAUAUGCUUGACUUGUUGCUGGUUAUUAUGUUCAAAAAGCUAUUUUAAGGUAGUCCAGUUUGCUUUGAAAAGAAUUAACUGACAAUUUAAAUUACAUGCAGCAUGUUAGACAAACCCCCCCCCCCCCCAAAACUAAUCAAAACCAGAGAAUGUAUAUUGGUGGGGGGGUUUUUUUCCCAAAAGUUGAACUUCAUAAUUUGUUUAUCAUUUAGGCAAUCAGCUCCACUGUUUGUGCAACUGUUAAAUAUACAGAUAUUUUCCCUCUUCAAUUAAUAGAAUGUCAUGAACAAUGUAACAAUAACUCCCAAGACUUGCCUCUGGAAAAGUAAUUCAGUAAACAAUUUAUCAGAAGUUCUGGUCUUGGGAGACCCUUGACGUAUAAUUGCAUGCAUAUGUUUUAGAUUACAUUUAGAUUGCAUAGGGACGUGUCCACCCACACUGGGUGAGUGUAAAUAUAGCUCAAUACAAACCACACAACUUGACCGGAGGCUGGUUUACCCUUCCUGUUGAGGUCAUAUUGACCAACCAAUGUUGGUUAAAGAAACCAUGUUUAAUUUUUCCCUAAGUAUGUGUACUAUCCUAUAUAGAAUGUACACGUAAUUGAAUAACAUGAAUGCAAACCAGCAGAAAAAACACUUGUGCAAACCACCUUGGUCAGAAGAGUGGUGCAAAUCACAUUCUGUUAAUCAGAAUGACCUCAUGAAAGUUAUAAUGUGUAGUUAUCACUACCCUCAAAUGUGUAGUUGGGAUUUGUAAAAUAUUUUAAAAAGACAAGCUGUUAGGUUCUGUGAUCCAAGUCUUACGUGCAUAUAGGGAGUGAAUUCACUGUGAAUAAAUAAAACCCAUUCUAAGAUUAAAUGAAGUGCAAGCCAGAGGACUUGGCUCUGCUCUGUAUGUUUUUGGCCGAUCAGCAAACUGGACUGGUUUAUUGAUGGACAUUUAUACAUUGACCACAACACAAUAUUGACCCUCGUUUUAAACAUACACACACAACAUUGAUUUGAUUUUGUUCACCUUUAAGUCACAAACAUUUCUCUUGAAUAUAUAAUGUGUAUGUAUAAUUAUAUGAAGUAAUUUGACAGCUUCUUAAAUUAUCCCCCCAUGAAUUUACUCUUAUAUUACUUGACAAGCAGAAAAUUAAAAUAUUGCUUGAAAUUGGCAUUAAUUAUAAUUGUAUUACUAAUUGGAGCUGAAAGUCAAUGGGGUGGGGGGAUAUAUUUGAUCCUCCCUUGGGUGCUUUCUAAAGACGUAACAAAAUAGGAGUAAUAAAGUCAUCUCCGUACAUUUUACACAAACCUGCCCUGACUCUGAGCCCUUUUUCUGAAGUGCGUUUGUCAGGUUUUCAAAUUUAACAGGGUAUUUUUGUCGAAGUAAAGGCCAUUACCGUAAAGAAAUAUAAGCCUGAUUAAAUUAUCUUAUUCUAAAAGUCAGCUCUGUCGAUCUCUUAGGAGCCAUUUCCCGGGAGAAGUAGCUAUUUUAUGUCAAAUUGUAACCAGAAAUCUCAGCAUAAAUGCAGCAAUUUCACAUUUUAAACUUGUUUUUAGGCCUUAAAGCAACACUGACUAUGAUACUGACUGUACAGAACUCACACUUCUGACUCAAGCUCUUCGUUGUGUAGAGCACUGCCAGGUCAUUUUUCAAUGUGUUUGUGUUCUGAGUGUUUUUCAUUUUCAUUCAUGGAAAAAAUUACCAAAAAAUGAACCUCAGAUUAUAGCCUUGCGAGGUGAAAGACUUGACACGUGUAAGAAAGAAUCAUAGGUAAGUUUAACAUUGGUAAGUCUUCAUUUUUUUAAUACCAUUUUUGUUAUGACAGAAGUAACCUCAGAAAAGUCAUGCAUUUCUCCUUAUUUUAAUUAGUCCAGUCUUGUAAAUUUCCGCCAUUAAUACCUGUGCUUUUUGUAUUUUGAGAUAUAGACCUACUUAUACACACUAUUGUUCUAGAAAAGUCUCCUACCCGCUACUGAAUGUGUUAGCACUGAGUGCAUGAGGAUUUAUGACAGACUGCUAGCUGUCUCUUAUCCCAGAGAAACUUUCACUUCCUCUCUGAAAAUGAGAGGGACGUGAUCUUUGCAUUCACUCCACUAUAAUAUAGAAAUGCAACGCCGCUUAUUAAAUCUCAAGUCAUUGAAUGUAUUUUCCGAGUCUUCCAUGAACCCUAAAGUGGUUUUAAACCUUAACCACUUUCCACAGCUCAUAGCCUUUUCCUGGGUGAAUGUUCGCUCCACUCUGAAGUGGAUAUGUCUGUAUCGGGAAUAACGUUUUCCUGAGUGUGAACUGUGUCCCCCACAUUCCAGUCAAUGUGCGCACAGUCAGCUGUGUUAUGUUCAACCAAAGGCGUUUGGGUUAAGAAAAAAAAGAAAAAAGAAAAAAAAAGGCUUUAAAACUUUGCAAGAUGGGACAGUGUCCAAAAUGACCUGUUUCUAGCAGUUUCUUCCCUUCGUAGAAAGCCAUACAGAACUGAGCUCAGCAGUGCUGAGUUUGCGUAGGUUGAUGCAGAACUCUUCGGCUUGGCUUGAUCCAGUACAGCGGGCAGCUGACUCAAAGCCAGGGGUUGCCUGACCAGAGUGCACUGCUGUUAAAACUGAACUCCUAUGCACAGCUGCCAGGGCAGAUACGGCCACAUGCUAGAAACCACACGCAGGUGAAGACUGACAAACAGUUUGUCUGCUUUAACGAUAGUUUACUUUUUACAGACGUUUUCAUUUCUUUCGAAUAAGGUGGACACAAGUAAUGCCGGUUUUUCUUCUGUUGUGCGCCAGUGGCUUGGCAGUCGAGGAUUAAAACCCGCACUAUCUGGUUGAAACCUGAAAAAUAACGAAGUGCACAAAGCCCUGGCACAGAAGGCUGCGGUCCAGUGACAUGUGACAUUUUCUGCCCUGAAACGGAGCCUAUGGGAGCAUCCAUUGUGGCUCCUAGUCAGCAGAACCCCCCUAGCAUCUCCUGUCAGAUGGCUCAAACUGACAGAAGUCUUCCAGGACAUGAGACACAAGCACAAAAGCCACAUUAGCAAUACUUUACUCAGGGCCACUGAGCACACUGGUCUCUUAACGCAUGAGGCUUGAGACCGGUGUGCAAGAAACCGAUAUCCUCUUACACAUGGUGUAUGUAUGUGUGUAUGGGAAAGGAUGGAGGAAGCCAUAUGAGGGGCUAUAUAUUAUUUAAGCUUUUAUUAGUGUAUUUAUUCAGUUAUUUAUUGGGGACCGUCUUGAAGUUGUUUUUUUGUGCUAGGCCAGUUUUCAUCAGCAGUCUCUGAGCAGUUGCCAGCUUCAGGUAAGAGUUUUAGACUACAUUUCCCAGAAUCCCUCACUCCCCCAACCUCCUCAGAAUGGAACUGGCACCCUUCAGUCUGCAGGGGCUCCUGUUGUCUCGGCCCUGCGGCAAUAAAGGUGCCAUGUUUCCGCCCCUCAAAAUCGCAAGCCUGCAAAACGGUCAGAAAGACGAAUAAACCAAUGUUCCCACGUCUCUGAGGUAUGACAUCCGGAACCUUCCUGUCUGGGUUUGCCGUUUCAGUGAUCAGUUUAUCACACACCACUAGAAAAUCAGGAUGGAGAAGCGCAUACAUACUGUAGUCCAUUUCUUUUUCUCAUUCACAAUCCAGAGGUGCAAGUAAACGCCACUUAAAACUUAAAACAGUUUCAAAAACCUUUAUUUUUUUUUGCUCCCCCCUCCCUUCCUCCCCCAGUUGAAUAAGUGCUGCGCUGCAUCACAGAAUUACACCAGAGGGGAUAGUGAAAGUGUGUGAGGCGCUGGGCACGAGGGGAGAGCUGGAGACGGGAUUUGCGCUCUCUGCGCGCGAGUGCUGAAAUAGAACAGGAUCGGGUUCCGCUGGGCGCGAGGGCCGCAUGAUUAACUGCUGAACGCCGCAUUCUCGCCGCGUUUGCAGCCUGAGCGCCACGGAGCACGGCGGGGCGAGGAUGCGGGGCGAGGAUGCGGGGCGAGGCUGCAGACAGGAAACGGGGCGCACGCAGGGGCCGAAAAGUAAAAGUCACCCGGAGGCAGAACUGAUCUGUGAAAUCAGCCGGAGUUUGCGGGCGGGAGAAACGCGGCAGGACUUUUACUUUCUGACCCCUGGAGUUUACACCUCCGUGCUGAGGAAGCAGAGACCGGGGCCUCCGGUCCUCGAUGCACACAAGCUCGCUGGUUUGGAAUGUACACUGUCCUAGUAGAAUGUAUAACCCUUAGAAGAGCUACUUGCAUUUUUAUAGACACACACAGCCGCUGUACACACAUAUCUUUUUAACUGAUUUUGUGACUCUGUUGGGCAUCUAUGCCCUUGGUUUACAUUCUUUUGGUUUAUCAUAUUUUAACUUAAAGAUGAAGUGGAGUCUUGUGACUCCUCUGUUGUGCUGUAAAUAUUUUUCCCUGCAGUUUUACACUGGAGGUGAAAGCAGCCAGCUCUGCGUUAAUCGUCUCGCACUUUUACUUGUUACAUAAAGUGAUACCAAGGAAAGUUCUUUGAGAUUUUAGUUUGAAAUAUUAAAGACUACAUCCGAUGUAAAAUUGUGCACAACUUCUGUGAGCAAGCUGUGCUUUAGUAGAAGCUGAUUGAUUGAAAUCACUGCAGUAGAUGUUUGCUAGUUCUGUGUUAUGAAAAUUAAUAAGUAGCAGAAAUCACCAUGGUGAUUUGUUUGUCACUGUAUCUGCCAUAAUUUAUGCUUGAAAAUAAAGUGCUGAAUCUC